AGGCUUUACCCCUUGGACGAUGUCGACAAUGCUAGGGGCAAUUGACGCUCCUAUGAGCGACUAUGCAAGCGACUACGACAUUACAAUGCAGCCACAUUCAUCGGAUCCUUGGUCUCAGGAAGAUGGUGUCAUGGAGGAGGUCCAAGACUCGACAUACCCAAUAGCUACAACUAAAAGCACGACGAUGGACUUUUCUUCUACCAUUCCCGAUACCCAGCUGGCAUUCUCCACGUCCCAAGGAACAGACAUCGAAAUCGAAGUUGAAAUGGAAGACUACGUUGAAGGUCACAACGCUGAAUAUGAAAUGUUAGACGAGUCCGAAGCCAUUGUCGAGGAUACCGCUGAAGUUCAAGACGUCGAGGUUGUCGAUGCGGGCCCCAGCCCUGAGGUGGCUUUGGCCCUCCCAGUGGAAUCUUAUCCACCAUCACACGCACCCGAGGCGUCCAUCGUCUCCGCGCCAUCGAUCGAUUCGGUGGUGCCCGAUACACCUCAGCAGGAACAAACGCUCGACGUUCCAGUUUCCGUCGCAGAGCCUGCCGCGAUUGUCGAAGAAGUGCCCGCGACGGACGUCUCCCCUGCCGCAGCACCUACCGUGCACCCAGAACCAGAGGUCAUUGAGUCGCAUGACUCGCAUCCUCAGCCGGAACCUACGACUUCGAUCAGUGAAGGCGUGCCAGAACAGCAUGCUGAAAACGCAAUGCAUGAAGGCGAACAGAUGACAGAACAUCAACAAGAGCAGACAGUGGAAGGCCAAAGUGCCACUGAACCUGCCGUCCCUCAGGCAUCAGGGGAGGUCGAUGUCAAUGCUGUUCCUGUGGAUAACGAACAGCCACGGGAAGAAUACGCGCCUCAACAUGUUGAGGGGACAGAGGAGGUCUCUAAUACCGAGGUCCAGCCAGCCCAACCCCAACCUGAACUUCGUGCAGAUGAACCCGAAGAGGAGUAUACAGGUGAAGAGGCAUUGACCGGCUUUUAUUCCGAUCCUCCGGCUGUCGUUCUCCGUCUUGAUUUCUUGCAGCACUCGGUUCCUUUGUUCAACCGUCCGACCGACGAGGACCAUGGCAUCCCUUCUGAUUCGUCCGUUAUGUUCCAAGAUCGACCUAUGUUGUUUUAUGAGCCGCUACCCACGUUCUUCACCGCCCUCCGAGAGACUGAUGUCUUUCAGCAACAUUGCGAUGUGCUGGGGCAGGCAGAGCUUGGAAUCUUCGUCGACAGCCUUCAACUUUCUGUUUCUGAGGACAAUGCUUAUGCCCAAGAUGUUUCCCUGCACGAUCUGAGCCUUCUGCAUGAUUCCUUCCACACAGGCCUACUGCAAUUACAGUUACACAUGAACACUCCCCGUUUCGCCGUGCGGUAUCAAGAAUUGCAGGAUCAGCUACAGCGUCUCGUUCAUGAAGAUGACCCCUAUGCGAUAUCAGAGUCCGACCCGACUGUCCAAGAAACAAACGAUCAAAACGUAGAGCGCGCUGAAGUACCCCAACCUGAAGAGAAGCAAGAACUGGAUUAUCAUCGGGAACCGGAAGCACAGCAAUUUCUGCAGGGAACGGGUGACCUCGCUGAACAGGAACCCAAAUCAACGCACAAUGCAGGUACUGACGCCACCGGCCAAGUCGACGCGACGCAUCAGGACCAACAAGAUUUCAGUGCGCACGAAUGGCCUGAAGGGGCACAGUUGGAAGAGAUCGAAGAGGAUGAGAACAACGUCGGACAUGGCGACACAGGCAACGGCCCUGAGGUCCAAACGGAGCAAGUGCGCACGGACGAGAUUCAACUUUCCGGGGACGGCGACGACCGAGUUGAGUCGACUGUUGUGCCUGAAGCCGAACCUGCCGUGGAAUCAGCAGAGAGGGACGGCUCGCCGACUCUGGGCGAGGAUGAGGAGGCCCUUGUUUAUGUUGAUCCGGACCCAGUGGAACAACCCAACGACGAAGGUUCGGAGGGACAUGACGCGCCCACCGAAGGAGAGGAGAACGUGCUGGAGGGACAUGAUGAUGCAAACUUCGGCGAAGGAGAAGAAGGAUAUGAUUACUAUGAAGCAGACCCUGAAGUUGGAGAAGUAUACUACGAAGAAGAGGACGAGAAUCUCUACGAGGAGGAUGCAGACGGUUCCAGCUAUUCGGAAGAACACUCUCUGGAAGAUGGAGUAUCGGUUGCACAGGAAUCGGAAGAGCAGACACAGGAAGGACAGGCGGAGGUAACUCAUGAAGAUGCCUCUCACCCUGUGGAGCACGAAGCUCCGUCGCUGGAGGAGCUUCCGCCGUUACCCGACGAAGAUGAUGACGAGCUCGACCGUGAACUUUUGGAGGGUGAAGAUGGGGCCUCCACGAACGAACAGCUGGGUGAGGAGCCGGCGGCCCCGACGAAUGAAAACCACGAAUCGUUCGCUUUCGAUGCUACUGAGGACCCUGCUAACACGACUGAAGGACAAGAAGAUAUUGAGAACACUGAGGGAGACGCGGAUGUCGGAGACUGGGACGGUGACCUUGACGGCGAAGGAGAAGCGGAUUCUCCGUUGGACGGAGACAAUGAGAAUAUCCUCGAGUCCGACGGAAGUUCCGUUACUCUUUCAAGCGCCCGGUCAAAGCGAAGCUACCAUGACAUUGACGCGGAUGAAGAUGACUUGGAGGGCAAUCUGACACCUUCGCCUCAAGAUGCGAAACGGACGCGCCUGCACUGA